UCUUCUAUAAUUUUUCUUUAGUUAUAAAGAGUUUUUUUUAGCUAUAUCAUGGCUUCCAAUCGAGGCAAAAAAACAAAAGGUAGGCAAAAGAUUGAGAUGAAGAAGAUUGAAAAUGAAGAUGACAGGCUUAUCACUUUCUCUAAACGUAGGUCAGGGAUUUACAAGAAAGCUUGUGAACUUGUAACCCUAACUGGUGCAGAAAUAGCUUUUGUUGUGUUUUCUCCGGCCGGUAAGCCAUUUUCUUUUGCUCAUCCUUCUAUAGAAUCUGUUACUAACCGCUUUCUUGGUAAGGAAAUUUUAAUAAGUCCCGAUAGCACUCAUCCUCUUGUCGAAGCUCACCGCCAAAUAAGGAUAGAGGAGCUGAACCAUCAUCAUAAUGAUGUGCUUCAACAACUGGACGUAGUGAAAGAUAAAGGGAAAAACCUGAAACACAAAGCGACCGGGAUAGAAAAAAUGGGGUGGUGGGAUACUCCUAUUGAAGAGCUGAAUGUGAAAGAAAUGAUCCAAAUGGAGUCUGCGUUUAACGACAUUAGAAUCAGUUUAAUCAGCAAACUCAAAGAGAAGGUUGAUUCUAAUAAUAUUGGUGCUUCUUCAUGUUCGUCUUCUUCCUCUUCGGCUCAACCUCCCAUUGAUCCGAGUUCAGCGAACAUGAUAAAUCCAUUUGUCCCCAUUAAUGAGCCCAAUCCACCAGUUUUUCCUUCUGGCUAUGAUUAUGGGCAUCGACCGUUUUAGUUUUUUUUUUUUUU